AUGUCUAGUUACCCAAAAAAAAGAAUAAACUUUUCAGAAUUAGAUGAUCAUUUUGAUGAUGAUUAAUAAAUUGAUUCUCUACGAUAUAAUGCAGAAAUUGAUAGUGCAAUCCAAAUUAAAAAGCCAUCUGAUCAUGAAAAAGUAAACAUAUUAAAUUAAACUAAAAGUUAAAUGAAGUACAAUAAUUACUAUAAUUUUCACCACAUCCUUAAUAAGAAAAUUAGAAAUUAUCAUCUGUUCGAUGUUCAUUUGGAUUGAAUUCAAAUAAUAAUUUUAAUCCAACUAGAUUGCCAUUCUCUCAAAAUUAAAAUAGUGUUAAUUCUUCCAUUCAAAUUGGUUCACCUGAUACAGCCUCAUUUCCAUUAUAGAAGAAGUUUCUUAAAUUAUAUUAAAUGAGAUAGUAUUAUUAAUUAAUUUAAUCCUUUAGGUCAAUUGAAGAAAUCAGUGCUGAGAAUGAUCUAAGUCAAAGUAGAGAAAACAUGACUAAAAAAUCUAAUAAUACUAUGAAUACUGAAGAGGAUAAAAAUGUACAAUAUAAUUAAGAUGAAACCUUAUAAAAUGAAUUAUAUGAAAAUGAUUCCUAUGCUCUAUUUACUUAAUUACUUGAAUAAUUAGAAUAAACAUAAAAUUAAUUACAAAAACAAUAAAUACAAUAUCAAGAAUUGCAAUCUAAAUAUGAAAAACAAUAAUCAUAAAUUAUUUAUCUAACUAAAUUAAAUUAAGAAAUCACGAAAACAUUAGAUGAAACUUAAAAUCAAUUACAAUUAUUAAAUGAAACCAAUGGACUCCUUAAGAAAAAGAUUUAAUCAUAUAAAUAAUAUAGUUUUACUGAGUAAUCUUAAUAUAAUGGGAAUACUAACAGAUACAAUAAAGAGAAUCUUGACUAUUUAAAACAUCAUAGUAGUACAGAAUCUACUUAAUCUAUCGAAUUAGUUAACAAUCUAAAAAAGACACAAAAAGUUACUAAUACAUAUUCAAAUAUUAUUAUGAUGUUACUUUUGAUGAUCUAAAAAUGCUUUUAUUUAGAUGAAUCAAUUGAUAAAGAUGGAAAAGAAGUUAUUAAUAAAAUAACUCAAUAAAUUAAUCAAAAAUAGUUGGUAUUAAAUUUAUAUAAAUAUGAUAGGAUAAUAUUGUAUUUUAAAUUGAAUCCCUCAUCAAAUACUUUGAAUAAAGAUUCUCUGAUAUGGCAACCAAAAGUAGUAAAAUUCAAUCAAUGAAUAAUAUAAUGGAUUAAAUCAGAUAAUUAGUUGAUCAAAGAAACAAUUGA